AUGUCCCUACCAAGUCUAGCAAUUCCUGGCCAACCGCUUGGGUCUGCCUCAAAGUACUCCCCCGGCGCUGGCACGCACGUACAGUCUUCUCAAAUCCACGCGUCGAUAAGCGGGCUCGUCGUUGAGACAGCAGCACCGAAAUCCUCAAAGGGCUCCGCAAACACCUCCUCCGCGAUCUCCAGCUUACCCACGCUUUCGAUACCACGUGCCCAAAGUUCCGGAAACUCCACCUCGAACGGAGGCAUAAGCGUCCUUCCCGAGGUCGAUUCUGUGGUACUAGCCCGGGUGACUAGGCUCACGCCUCGCCAAGCAACUGUGGCCAUCCUCGUAGUCGACAACACGGUUCUACCUCAGCCUUUCCAGGGUCUCAUACGGGUGCAAGAUGUGCGCGCCACAGAGAAAGAUAGGGUGAAGAUUGCGGAGAGCUUUCGCGUGGGGGAUAUUGUCAGGGGCGUUGUGAUCAGUCUGGGUGACCAGUCGAGCUACUAUCUGAGCACGGCAAGCAACGAAUUGGGUGUUGUGAUGGCAGAGAGUGAACAGGGGAAUGUCAUGUAUCCGGUCAGUUGGAAGGAGUUUAGGGAUCCGUCUAGUGGGCUGGUCGAGACGAGGAAGGUUGCGAAGCCUUUCUGA